GGAAGGGAAAACGACUCAGAGGGAAAGGGGAGGGUGUCGCUCAGCUGAGGCAGACUGUAUAUAAACUGUGAAGAGCAGAAACCUGACAGCGGCUCCUGAGCAUCGUCUGAAGACUUGAAGCUGUCCCGAGCACAAGGUAUUUCAUCAUGGACAUAACCAUCAGUAUGCUGGACGGGAACUCCCACCACCUGAGUGUGGACCCCCAUGACACAGUGGGCUCUCUGAAGAUGAAGAUCCAGCAGAUGCUCGGAGUUCGCUGUGAGACGCAGAAGCUGGUUUUUAUAAACGGCAUGAACACUCAACUCAGCGACGACUCCCAGACCAUCAGCCACUACGGCCUGCAGCCCGGCGCCACGGUGUCGCUGCUGGUGACGCAGCCGGCGACCGUGCAGGUGUUCCUCAAAAACGAAAAGGGCAAGAUGAGCACCUACGACAUCACACCCGAGGAGACUGUGGGCCACUUCAAGAGCCGGGUCCAGAGCAGAGAGGGGGUCCCGGAGAGCCAGCAGAGGCUCAUCUACCAGAGCCGAGAGAUGGAGGCUCAUCAUAAACUCUCGCACUACAACGUCAAAGCGAUGAGCACCAUCGACCUGUGUCUCCGCCUGAGAGGAGGCUGAGGACAUCCUGGUUCAUAUAUUUUAUUUUCUUAACAUUCCUUUAUUUAAUUUUAUUUAAUCACAAGUUUCAAAUGCCUAUUUUUCUUUCUUUAUUGUUUAUUUUCAUUCGGACCAAGUAUUGCAUUCCUCAUGUAAGCUGGUGCAUUCCAUAACAUCUUAAAAACAGGAUAAAUUUGUUAUUUGGCUUUGUCACUACAGAUUUGUUAUAAACACACAACACAGGUUUAUAUUAACUGUACCCUGUUAAAAACAAAUAAAAAUAACUUUACAAAUGUCAA